ACCACAAAAAGGGUGCACAUGUAAACGUACGCUAUACAGACCGAUGCAGCUGUUGCCCACGUUAGCUGUCAGUUUCGUUUUGGGAUUGUAAACUUUCGCUCGAUUGGUGUAGGAAAUCGUAGAUCAAACGGUGCUGGGCAAGCAGCUUGCACGAGCAAACAAAAUUCCCCGAUAAUGGCGCAGAACAAUUGAUACGACCAGAGUGCAGAGAGAGAGUCCGACCGAGGUGCACAGCGCAAUUAGACGUUUGCCGCACCUCGAACGACGAAGGUUACCGAGUGGAAGUGGUUUGCCACCGACCUUAGCAAAGGGUAGGGACGUCCUUCGAACCAACAAUGGCCCGCCACCGUGCCGUACUGAGCGAGGCAACAUUUCGCGUCGAUGUGAACGAGAUUGGCAAUGGACGACAGCAGCUAGGAAGCAAUGGUAUGGACGGUGCGGCUGGCGGUGGACCGAAAGCUUACCCACCGGAGGAGGAGGAUAAAAUCGAGGUGCUGCAGGACGUGCACGGGCAGGAAGAACAGCUGAGCCACGAGGUGGGAUUGUUUGCUCCGGUGGGUGGUAAUCCACUCGCCAGCCAGGAGGAUCAGUUUCAGGGUGUUAAUGUUAGUUUCUCGCAGAGCUUCCGGCGCUGGUCAAGCAAUUUCGGGCGGAGUGUGAAGAACAAUAAACGCACCGUGUACAACAAAACCAUCCGGUUGAUGCCGUCUCGGAUACAGAAAACGCUCUCGAUCGAUGGCGAUCUAAUCACGACCAGCGCAUCGGACGUCGAUCACAUCACGAUGGAGCUCGGCCAGCGGGAACAGCUGAUGGAGGACAAUCCGAUCGCGGAACAGCUGCGCAUCGAAACGAUCAAAUCGAUCGCGCACAAAAUCUCCACCAAGCGGCAAAUUCGCGAGCAGCUGUCCCAAACCGUCAACCGGCGUGCCACGCGUUCCAAAUCGAUCGGCCUGAUCCGGCGGUACCGGUACAGCGGGAAGCUGUAUGCGACCCGGGCCGCCAAGCUGCUGAAAAGCUUCGUCACCAACUUUGAGCUGUUUUACGGCAGCAUGAAACAGAUCGAGGGCCAUUUCGGGAGCCGGAUCAGUGCGUACUUUAAGUUUCUGCGGCAGCUGCUGGUGCUGAAUCUGGUGCUGCUGCUGUUUAUUGGUUCGUUCGUGAUCUUUCCGCAGCUGCUGGCCGGCCACGAGCCGGCCGGUUCGGUGCGGGAUGUUAACGCACGGCAGGACUUUCAUCUGCGCGAUCUGUUCACCGGUGAGGGUUACCUCAGCGAAUCGGUCAUGUACUAUGGAUCGUACAGCAAUCGUUCGUUCACGCUGGUGCCCGGUACGGCCGAGUACAGUCUUCCGCACGCCUACUUCCUCACCAUCACCAUACUAUCCCUGGCAACGUUCGUCAUCGUGUCGAUCAGUAUGGGCCGGUCGUACCGGAUCAGCUUCAUCGAGUCGAGCGCCACGGUACAGAACAUCCUGACGCACAAGAUCGUCUGCUCGUGGGACUACGGCAUAGCGAAUGAGAAGGCGGCCCGGCUCAAGCACGCCACCAUACUGAACGAGCUGCGCGACUAUCUCGCCCAACGGAACCGUCCACCGUUCGUUGCCGGCCGGUGGCAUCGAUUGCGCCGGGAAGCCGUACGGCUGGUGGUGCACGUGACCGUCCUCACCAUGAUCAGUGCGGUGGCCGCUAGUUUGUGGGCACUGCUGGCACGGUUCGGCGAGACGGAUCACUUUACCGCCUGGUCCGCACUGUACGUGUCGGUCGUGUCGAACGUGACGAUGGUGGCGUUCGGCUACGCCUGCCAACUGCUGGGCCAGCUCGAGCAGUACCGCCAGGUAGCGACCCGACUCAACAUCAACCUGCUGCGCCACUUUCUGCUCCAGCUGACGAUUGUCGGUGUGCUGUUGGCGUACUGGUUGACGAGGACACACACCGCCGCCGGGUGCUGGGAGACGCUCAUCGGCCAGGAGCUGUACCGACUGCUGGUGGUGGACUUCUUCAUCUCGACGGUGCUGCUGUGCGCUGUGCGAGGCAUUCGCUACCUGCUGCACGCCCGUUACGGCCCCGUCCGGAAAGGUACGCGCAGCCCAACACCGGCAACGUGCCUGCUGGCACGCUACCUAACACCACCACCGUUCUGCAUCGAAACGCACAGCCUGGGCCUGGUGUACAAUCAAACGCUGCUAUGGUUUGGGGUACUGUUUGCACCGCUGCUCGUGCUGCUUGUCGCCCUGAAGCUGCUGCUCGUCUUCUACAUCAACAAGUUCGAGCUGAUCUAUCUCUGCCAACCGCCGGCCCGGUUGUGGCGCUCGAGCCAAACGCAAACCCUGUUCCUGGUGCUGGUGUUUGUGUCACUGUUCGGCGUACUGCUCACGCACGGCUACAUCAUCAUGCAGGUCCCGGUGAGCACCGGGUGCGGGCCGUUCCGUGGCACCGAGUACAUGUACCAGCUGUUCAUGCAGGGCAUACUGAAGCUGCGCGAAGAGCAUCUGUUCUGGCGCGUGUUCGUCUACAUCACCAAACCGGCCAUCAUCGGGGGCGUGCUGCUAACGAUGGGUGUCGUCACGUACUAUCUGCGAGCGAAAUCCCGUGCCCAGGUAGCGAAGGUAAAGCUGCUAAAGGAGCUGCUCCGCAUGGAGGCGAAGGAUAAGGAGUUUUUGCUCGCGAACCUAAGCAAAGUGACGCGUGGCAAGGACAGUACCGAACAGCUCGAACUCGACCGCAUCGAGCUGGUUGGUGGGGGACGCGUUAAUGGUCCCGCCGACAAGUAUUAUACCGAUCCGUGCGCCACCUGGCGGUACGAAGAAACGCCACGGAAAUCUGAUGACGGUACGGGAAAUUCUGCUGCCGCCAACGAAUCUACCGGAUCCUGCUCCGGAUAUCAGCGAUUUGAGGAUGAGGAACAGUUGCGAAUGAGAAGAACCUAAGCUAAGCGUCCUCCCCACCAUCCAAUGCCUUUUAAGGGAAUGUGUGUCUUCCGUCAAAAUUUGUACAACACCGAUUACGCUUCGAACGUGUAACGUCCCGCGUACAUUAGAUUGAUUUAUUUAUUGAAAAUUUGCUGUUAGGACCCAAAUUCGGCAAACAAAAUCCGAACAAAUUAAUUUAUUGAGCUUUAAUUGAUACGAUGCGAAAGUCGUAUGUGGUGCAAAAUCGAGUUUUAAACAGAAACUGUACCGGUUUCAUCUGUCGUUCGUGUUAAGCUAUCUAAAAUGCAAUGCACGGCGUGUUUCACUAGCCCUAGUGCAGAUAGUAGUAGUGGAAGAGAGAAAAAAAAUAGAGCUAUAUAAUUUAAACAACCAA